AUGCGUAAAGUAGCACAAUACUGUAUUAUAGACUCACUGCAUUGUCAAGAGCUUUUGGUAAACCAAAGUACAAUAAAUGAUUAUAGAGAAGUUGCCUCCAUAGCUUAUGUUUCUCUUUUUGACACACAUUAUUACGCAAAUAAAAUAAAGGUACAGAAUCUUCUCAGCGCAUAUGCUAUCAAACAAGAUAUGGUAAUUAGUACAAGGGUUUCUAAAGACAUAGAAAAAAGAAAAUAUUCUGAUGCGUAUGUAUUUUUAUCUAAAAAAGGUAUUAUGACAGAAAGACCUGCUGAUAAUAUCCAUAAAAAUGGGAACGAGCUUCAUAUGAUUGAGUUUAAAUUCAAUAAGCGUGACAUUCAAGCUUGGUGCGUACGUUAUAAAAAUCAAUCUGAGAAGAAAAGAUUAUAUCCAGUAAUAUUAGAGGAUUUAUCUAACAAGAGGCUAGGGCUUAAAGCACGUCUGGUCCCACUAGGAAAAAAAGAAUACUCAUCCGUAUGCUUUGAUUAUGAUUAUUGGGAUUUGAAGCAAAAAGCUUUGAAGGUAUACAUGAACACUUUUUAUGGGGAAGCUGGAAACUCACUAUCUCCAAUAUUUCUUCACAAAUUAGCCUGUAGAACUACUAUGGCAGGAAAAUAUAACCUUAAUCUUGUUGUUGAAUUCGUAUCAAAGAAAGGGUUUGGGAUAAAAUAUGGAGAUACCGAUUUUUUGUAUCUCACCUGCCCAGAUAGAUAUUAUAAGAAAUGUGAUGAAGCCUUCUUUAGAAAAGAACUUUCCAAAGAAGCGUACUGGACUGAAAUAGUCAAAAUUACUAUGAAUGUAAUGAAAAAGUUGCGUAAUCAA